GGCGGCCCCGACCAAUCAGAGAGCAAACACAUGGGAAGAGUUUAAAAAGAUUCAGAAAAGUGUCGGAAGGUUGUCCUAAAGCCUCACGAGCAGGUCCGAGCACAACUGCGACGUAUAUAAAAAAAGAAGAAGCCCUCCUCAGCUCCACUGUAAAUAGACAAAACAACAGAAUGACAACACAUUUCAGGAGCGGCCCUGCCUUCGGACUUUCUGCCGAGGUCAAGAAUAAGCUCGCAGGUAAGUACGACCCGCAAAAGGAGGAGGAGCUUAGGCUGUGGAUUCAGGAUGUGACUGGCAAGAGGAUGGGGGACAACUUCAUGGAAGGUCUGAAGGAUGGAGUCCUGUUGUGCGAACUCAUUAAUGUUCUCCAGCCAGGUUCUGUGAAAAAGAUCAAUCACUCCAGUCAAAACUGGCACCAGCUGGAAAACAUAGGGAAUUUCGUCCGUGCGAUCACAGAGUACGGCCUGAGGCCACACGACAUCUUUGAAGCCAAUGAUUUGUUUGAGAAUGUCAACCACACUCAGGUUCAGUGCACACUCAUCGCUCUGGCUGGAAUGGCCAAGUCCAAAGGUUUCCACUCCAAGUACGACUUAGGAGUGAAGUACGCUGAGAAGCAGCACCGCCGCUUCGCUCCAGAAAAGCUCAGGGAGGGACGCAACAUCAUAGGCCUGCAGAUGGGCACCAACAAGCUUGCCAGCCAAAAGGGCAUGACCUCUUAUGGCACACGACGCCAUCUGUAUGAUGCCAAGAUAGGCAUGGACAACCCACUGGACCAGUCUACUAUCAGCCUACAGAUGGGUACCAACAAGGGAGCCAGCCAGUCUGGCAUGACAGCUCCAGGAACCAGGAGGCACAUCUUUGACAAGAAGCUGGAGCUGGAGAACUGUGACACCACCACCAUCUCUCUGCAGAUGGGCACUAACAAAGUGGCCUCCCAGCAGGGCAUGACCACCUAUGGCCUGCCCCGCCAGGUCUACGACAACAAGUACUGCACCAACCCCACCGAGACCUACUAUAACAACGGGAAUGAGGUGGAGUUUGAUGGCUACAACCAGUACUCUGAUUAAAAAAAAAAAAAAACGGACAGCCCCCCCCCAAAAAAAAAAAUCUUUGCUUUUACUUCAACUAACCAACCACAAUUGUCUUUGAUGUGCAAACCUCCCAGACUGUUAUUUAACACUGAUUGACGUUAUUGUCUGCUUUAUUGCCCGUUUUUUUUCCUAAACAUAUUUUUACUCUUGGGAAUUUAUUGUUUUUCUUUCCAUUAGUAAAACAAAAAAGUGUUUAUACUGACCUUAUAUCAAACAAUUUUAUGCAGUGGCCAACUUCUGUAUCUCAUUGUACUGAUUAAUUUUAUUAUUUCUCAAAAUGCCCAAACAACACUCAGAAGUUGAGAUUUAAUGACCUUUGCUAUUUAUAGAUUUUUUUUUUUUUUUUUGUGCUGCUUUUUCUACCUGCAUUGUAAUUAGAGAUUUUUAAUUGUUUAUAUCCCUUGCCUCACCUCCCUACCCCUCCAGUUUAGUUUGAACACUGAUGAAACAGAAUUUGAGAAUUCCUUGAAAUGAAACAAGUGACCGUGUUGGUGGUGUUGAACUUUGACCCAGCUGAAACAGAGUCCAUUUGGGAGCUCCACAGACUCUAGGAUUCCACUGCUGGGGCUGACACAGAAGCUCCAGGUCCAUAGACUGACCGGGGUGGAUAGUGCAGGAGGACUUGUAGCUUUGUACGGACAUUGAUUUGUUUUGUGAGCACCUGCACUAACAAAUAGUCAUGUUUGCAAGCCUGCCAAAUUACUAAUUUUGCUAAUUUACAUGGUUUGUGUGCAGCAUGAGUCUUUGGUUUUUAAGGAAGUUUUUAGAAAAAGUAGCAGGGUCUGUCAGACAGUGCAUUUUUAAAAUAAAAGAGUAAAUGUAGGUGUUGUGAUAUUCAGUUUGAUGUUAAGGUAAACUUAGUCACCAGUAGUUUUUGUAUUGCAAGUGAACCUUUUGUCUUGUCUUCCAUCCUUUUGGAAACCUUUCCUAUUUGCCUUAUGUCUCAGUGAACUUUGGCUUUAGUGCUGUUGCUCCAUUUGCACUUUACCUGGCCUCACUUUGUGUGCAGUAAACAGUGGAGGGAUGUAAGUAAGUACAUUUACUCAGAUUCUGUACUUAGGUACAAAUUUGAGGUACUUGAACUUUAUUUGUUUUACAUUUGAUGCCACUUUAUACUUAUACUCCACUACAUUUGUCAGUUAUAGUUACUUUACAAAAUAAUAUUUUACAAAUUAGUUUAGGAAAUAUGUUAGAAUAAGUAAUAAUAAGAUAAUAGUAUAACAAUCACAGGGGUCAUUUUUCUUCAUUGAGUACUUUUAUUUUUCAAACUUUUAAGUACAUUUUGAUGAUACUGCGAAUGAGUAUUUUUACAUUGUGGUAUUGCUACUUUUACUUACGCAAAGUGUCUGAGUACUUUGUCCACCACUGGCAAUAAAUGGCAAUAUCAAAGCAGA